CGCGAAGAAACAUCCUUUGUAUAUUCAAAUUUGUAAACAUAUGAUGCGCGCUUUUUUCGUGGAUAUAUGUCGUCUAAUCGAAUGUUGAUGAUAAACAAAAUAUUGUUAUAGAUCUAGUUAUGGCAUUGAUUUUGUAAUCAACUAUCAAUAAAAUGUUUGGAAAAAUCGUUGUUAUUAAGAGAACUGGGGCAGAUGGGGCCCACUUUCCGUUGACAUUAAACACUUGCCUUUUUGGGAGAGGCCAGCACUGUGAUAUUCGUAUUCAAAUGCCAGAUGUCGAGAAUGAACAGUGUGUUGUUAAUGUUGAUGAAAAAGGACAUGUUUUUUUGACAAAUUUAAGUAAAGAGAAUCCAACACAUAUCAAUGACAAGGCUUUAGCAGCAGACUGCUUGACUGCACUCUCUCAUGGGGAUAUUAUAACCAUUAUUGAUAGAAAAUUCAGAUUCGAAUUUCCUUCUGAAUCACAAUUUUAUCCCAAAUCUCCUAGAGCAAAAAGUCCCAAAUCUCCAAGAAAAUCUAUUGCAGUUGGUGAGUCAGUGGUUGGAUUGAAAAGUCCUGCAAAAUCACCUCAAAAGACUCCAAGACCACUCACACCAAGAACAGAAAAUGUGCCAGUGAGUGCAGUUUAUUCCAAAUCACCACAAAAACAAACCAACAAAACCCCAUUAAAGGACGUACUGACCAAUGAAGUCAACACGUCCAGUAACAAUUCCAACUCUAUCUCACAGUAUCUCAUGUCUCCUGCUUCCUUUUAUAAUUCAACCCCCAAGGGUUUAAAGAGGCUGUCUGAGGCUCAGCAACACAAGUUCACAUCCGUCCAAGGAAUGACACCUGGGACUUCUUUUCAAGCUGCCUCUCCAGUGCUGCAAGCGAACAUAGAAACUAUUUCUUCACCAUUGCCAGGAAAGAAGACUGGCGGAACUCUCUACACUAGAACCAAUGAAAGCUUGCAAAAAAGUAUUAAUCUAUUGAAACGGCGAUCCAUGCCAUUAUUUGAGCGGGACGAAGAAAGUAAAAGUGAACCAAUAUCACCAGAAGUUCCAGUAAUUGAAACGAACAAGUCCAUAACACAGGACAGAAAAAGAAAGUCGUCUACUUUUGUAAUGUUGAAUGCCAGAAAUAAGAGAGUAUCUUUUGGACCCAGUUUAAGCCCUGAACAUUUUGAUAAAACUUUACCCCCAAAAACACCAAUUAAAAGAGGUGCAACCCCCACAAGACUUAAUCCAGGAAGGAAAUCACUUUUGAAACGUCAGUCACCUAAAAGUUUGGCAUUACGAAAAACACCUUCACCUCGACGAUCAUCUUCAAACAAUGUAAAUUCAGAGACUGCAUCUCAGGAGAAUCGGGAUGAAAGUCCAUUUAAACAAGGAUCUGCUAAAAAGUCAGUAGGAAAGAGAGUUUCUUCUGCUUCACCACUUCCAGUUUUAAGCUUAGAGGAGAAGACUAAGGAAGUCAUUACUCCUGUCCAAGUGCAGUCUCCCAGAGGAUCACCUCGUUCAAGAUCUCUGACUCCCAUCCUUCAAGCAGAAAAUGUCACUCCAUUAUCAAGUAAAAGAGAAAACAGUAUCACUCCUAAAAGCAGCUUAGCUAAUAGGAGCCUUGCUUCAAUUACAGAUUCUCCAUUUUUAUCUCAAGACCUGUUUUCUCAAAAGAGUCCUGUUGCCGCAAACAUCUCUCUUGCUUCAGAGAAAAGUCCAACUUCUGCCAGGAAGAAAUCACCUGUUGCUGCAAACACCUCUCUUGCGUCAGAGAAAAGUCCAACUUCUGCCAAGAAGAAGUCAGCCCCCAGAGGCAAAAGUGAAGGGCCACAAAAUUUAAUAAAAGAUAAUUUGAAUACCAAGAGGCAAGUGGAAAAACGAGCCAGAUCUUUAGGAACUAUUCCACUGGUUCUAUCACCACUAUCAUCCUUCAAAGCCAAACAUGUAAGACUUUCUGGACCAAGCCCUAUUAGUGUGGUCACAUAUAAGAAAACACCUGUUGUUAAAAGAGCUGGAAAGAAGUCUGGCGACAAGACAGACUUAAUAAAUAAAUCUGUUAAUCUUACUGGGAUUAAAGAAUUGGUUAAAACCCCAAAAGCCCUUUCAACUAAUGAUAGUUUUUCUGGCUUGUCAGAUUUGUUCACUACACCUGCUGGUAAGCAGGAAGCUGCAAUGAACACUUCAGCUGAUUUGUUAAAUGUAUCUGGAAAACAUAACCGCACCCCUAGGAAGAGCCUUGUUGGGAUUCAGAAAGAACAGUUAGAUUCCAGUUUGUCUGGAAUGUCUAGUCUGUUUAAAACUCCUGUAAAUAAUGUGGAGGCUUCGUUGAACAAAAUUAAUGUUGAAAUACCAAAAUCUGUUUCUGCAAUCAAAAGAGCUUGCACUCCAGAUAGGAAUUUGACCAAGACACCUGUUGGUCAGCCAGUAGAUGUUAGCUUUUCUGGAAUGUCAAAUAUGUUUUCAACACCCACUGACCAUUUGGAUGAAUUAGAUGGACACAGAGCAACGGCUAAUUUGACUGAAGUUGUCAAUACUCCUGCACUAGCUACACCUACCAGAAGCCGUACUCCUAACAAGACCAUUAAGUCACCUCAAGCUCAGCCUGAGGAUAUAAGCUUCACUGGCAUAUCUGACGUCUUUAAAUCACCUGAUGUCCAUAUGAAUACUUCACAAAGCAGAAUUAAUACUCCUAAAUCUCUUUCAAAUAAAAAAUCAGCAAAGGCUAAGACCCCUAUAGCAGCAGAGUCUAGUUUGGUUGAUAUAUCUGAAUUAUUUAAAACUCCUAUCCAACACUUGAGUGAAGCCAAACAGUCAACACCUAAAUCAGAAGUUAUAUCAGAGAAAAGAAGUAGAACACCUAAAAAAUUCUUUGAUGAAAUUUCACCACUCUCCUCUUACAGAAAAAAGCAAAGCAAUGAAAUGUCCACCUUGGGAAAUAAGUCACCCUUGGAAGUACCACUGGCUCAAAACAAGUCAACAGUUAGGACACCAAUGUCACAAAAGAAAUCACCUCUAAAGACACCAAUGUCACAAAAGAAAUCACCAAUAAAGACACCUUUGACUCAAAAGAAAUCACCUCUAAAGACACCUUUGACUCAAAAGAAAUCACCUCUAAAGACACCAAUGUCACAAAAGAAAUCACCAAUAAAGACACCUUUGACUCAAAAGAAAUCACCUCUAAAGACACCUUUAACUCAAAAGAAGUCCUCAAGUCAAGAGACACCUUUGAGUGAAAAGACUGAUCUAGCCCAAAAGAAAACAUCUAGGGUGGAAAAUUCUGCAGGGAAAAUAAAAUCCCCACCUCAAGACAAGAAUAAAGUUGUAGCACUUCGUGCUAUUCAUGCCCAUGUUGCCACUCCAAAAUUUGCUGCUUUAGCCAAGUCACCCUCUGCAACUCCCAGAUCAAGUAGAAAGAUGGCAUCUGUCAAAAAAACCAUCAGAACAUGGUCUGAUAUAGUGAAGUCUGGAGUACCUAAAUCUACUACUGUUGUAAAGCCUUCAGUUUUCAUUUCUAAAGUUACAGCUGCUAAAAAGACGCAUAAAAUUCCAUUAAAACAAUCAGUCAAAACACCAAAAACCCCUCGUGCUCUAGCCAGGGCAUUAGCUCCCACUACUGGUCAUGCCGAGUCUCCUGCUACUAUUCUAGUUGGAAAGAAGUUGACAAUGAGAGCAAAGACUCCCAAGCUCUUGCCAAGGAAAGGAAGGAAACAGUCUGCGAGCAAAAUGUCCAGAGUUUCUGUUGGCAAUACAAGCUUUUCUGGGCUACCCGAUAUGUUUAAAACCCCAGAAGCAACUUCCUCUGCUGAUACAAGUGCAUUAUAUGAUCAGAUUCCAGAUACGCCAAAUGGACCCAAUGAAAUGUUUGUAUCUCCACUGUCAGAGACCAAAGAAAAACGGAGAAGCGCUAAUUUAGUUGGAGUGCGCGAACUCUUUACGUACAAGAAGCGUCAGUCCAUGAAUCUGGUUGGGGUGAAGGAGCUUAUGAAAAGUCCAAAAUUACCUGGUCGACAUUCACUCUCUCCUACUGCAUUAACACGUCUGAUGAAGACCCCUCAUGCAGCUCAGAAACCUAGUCAAUCUAAGUCCAUGUCAAAAAUCUCCCCAGUUAUAACUCCUUCAGGCUUGAAGCGUAUGAUGAAAGUUCCUACCUAUGUUAGCCCUUCAGGGGUAGAGACUUUAUUCACUGAAGUUAAGGAUGCAACCCCAAAGUCUUCUAGAAAAGGGAGACUAUCCAAGACUCCCAAAGAGGAUGCUUCUGGUCCAAAAACUGCACCUACAGAAAAUGAAAAUUCAAGUGUUGUUUCUAAUGCAUCAUCUGAAAUCAAACAAACUAAAACUGGCAGAAAACGAAAGGCUGGUGACAUUGCUAUACAAGCUCCUUUAAAAAAAAUGAGAGCUUCCUCUCAAGAAAUUGACGAGAUGAAAGAAGUGGUUGCCGUGAAAAAAGGUCGAGGCAGAAAGAUGAAAUCUCCAGAGAAAACUGCAACAGAGCUUGAUAAGGGUCAGGACCAAGUAAAGAUUACUUAUGAGCCUGCCCAGAAAAACCUAAAUGCUGAGAAUGCUAUAGUUCCAGAAAAAGAGGAAGUUAGUGUCUCUUCUGUAAUUUCACCUGUUGCCAGAAGAGGUCGUCCAAAAGCUAAUUUAAAAGUAGUCACCGCACAAGAAGCUGAACCCAAACCCACUGCAGUAGCUAAACGCCAUGGACGUGGAAAGGCAUUGUCUGUGAAUGUUGACCUUAACAAACCUGGUUUAGAGGAGUCUUUGACAGAAAUAUCAUCUCAGGAUAAAUUUAAAGACUCUGCUCCCAAGAGAGGGCGUGGAAAGGCUUCUUCUAAUCUCAUGGUGGUUACUACUGAAGAAGUAGAAUCACAACCCACUGCGUUAACUAGACGUCAGGGACACAGUAAAGCUGUGUCUGCAAAUGUUGAUGAACAAAAUAAAACUAGUUCAGAAGUCUUUGUGGCACCAUCAUCCCAAGUUGAGCUUUCAGUUGCUACAGUCAAAAGAGGGCGAAGAAAUGUUUCAAAUCUCCCUACAGAUGAAUUUCAACCUGAAGCCAAUGCUAAACUUCGGGGGAGGAAGGGCAUUUUAACUGUAAAUAUUGAUGUUUCUAACAAAACUGGUCCAGAAGAAUCAGUGGUUCCUCAUCAAGCAGAACCUACUAUUGCUGCCCCCAAAAGAGGACGAGGACGUCUUGCUUCAAACAAAACAAUUUUAACAGAUGUUCCUGGCAAAGCUAGUCCAGAAGAGUCUGUGGUUCCACAUCAAGCUGAACCUACUAUUGCUGCCCCCAAAAGAGGACGAGGACGUCUUGCUUCAAACAAAACAGUUUUAACAGAUGUUCCUGGCAAGGCUAGUCCAGAAGAGUCUGUGGUUCCACAUCAAGCUGAACCUUCUGCUCCCACAAGAGGACGAGGACGCUCUCCUUCAAAGAAGACUGAUGUUCCUAACAAACCUGGUCCGGAAGAGACUGAACCUACAACUGCUCCCAAGAGAGGUGGGCGACGUGCUGCUCAAAAAGAUGAACAACCAGAUUUAAACAGUCAAGACAAACCCAAGGAAAACCUUGCAUCAGUUUCCAAGCGUAGAGGCAAAGGAAAAGACAUGAGUACUAAUGAAACUGUUGAAAUAAUUGAGCAAGUUGCUGAACCUCAAGCCAGAAAAGGCAGAGGAAAAGUCAAGAUAUCAGAGCCUGUGGAAACAGUAACAAGGUUAGGAAAGACAAGCGUUUCAGAUAAUGAACCUGUAAAAGAGACUAUACUAACACAAGAGCCUGUCAAAAGCAAGAGAAGAACUAAGGCACCAGAAUCAGAACAAAUAUCAAAAUCUGCAUCAAUUAAAGCAAACAAGAGCAAAGUCAAAUUCAGUGUGUCUGAACUAGUUGAAGCACCUAGCAUAGAGGUAGCCACUAGAAGAGGAAGAAACGAAACUGAGCCAGUUCCUAGUGAUGUUAAAAUUGCUGCUAAAAAAGGCAAAGGAAAUACUGUCACUGCAUCAUCUGAAGUUGAUACCUCAGAAGUGAAGUCCACAAGGACUGGAAGGGGUAAGAAACCUUCAGUCAUUACAACCAUUGAAGACACAGUUGCUAAGAUAGGGCUAGAUGUUGAGCCUGUUUCAUCCAGCAGUGAUGUUGCUGUACCAGCUGUAAAGUCCUCCAGAUUAGGAAAGAACAAAGCUGCAUCUAAUGUUGUCCAUGACAUCCCAUUGAGCAUAGAAAAUGAUACCAGUAGGGGUAAGCUGAAAGCUGAUGAGCCUGUCACAUCUUCUAGUGAUGUUGCACAAGUAAUUGAUACAACAAAACAGCAAGAGAAUGUUGGGAAGGCAACCAAGCAAGGCAGGGGUAGACGCAAUGCAUCCCCUGUUAAAGAACAACCCACACCCUCAUCUCCUGUUAGAGGCAGAAAGACAGGGCAGGCGACCAAGCAAGGCAGGGGUAGACGAAUUGCAUCCCCUGUUAAAGAACAACCCACACCCAAAUCUCCUGUUAGAGGCAGAAAGACCGGGCAGCUAACCAAAGCUAGCCAUUUAGAGACAAUUCCUGCAUCUGCAGAGUCACAACCCCACACUGGUGGAAACAAAAGAUCAACUAUAAAGAAUGAGCCCACAUCUUCAGAGACGAUUCUCUCUGAGAAUUCUGCCCCUAUUGCAAAGUCAAAAGGAAAAGCUAAAGAUGUGACUAAUUUACCUUCUAGAAGACAAGGAAGAAAUACAGGUACAGCAGAUGCUGCACCUGCUGAAAAGUCCACCAGAGCUAGGAAAAGGGCUUUGAUCACUCCAGAUGAUGAAAAAUCUACCCAUGAGGUAGACGCUUCUCUAAGCAUGAGAGGAGGGAAAAAAGCAAAAUUAGAAUUGGUUCCACUUAAAGACAUUCAGGCUUCGCCUGUGCCCCACCAGCAGAAAGCUGGAGCUAAGCGUGGGAAGAAAUCUAACAAUGUUGAGUCUGAACACGCUGUUCCUGCUAAGCAAAGCAAGUCCUCAGCCAAUGCUAAUACAACUUCUACCUCCAACUCAAAACCCACAAGAUCAUCUAAGUUGCAAGACAUAAUGGAAUCUACCAUUGAAACAAAAUUACCAGCCAAAGCCAGGGCGACCAGAGUAACAAAAGACAAGGCAAGCCUACCAGAGCCUGUGGAAGUCAAACGUUCAACCAGAGGCAAAAGGAAAUAAAAAAAAGUCUUGACUCAUGAGGUUUCCAUUCCAUUUCAGUUUUCACUCAUACGUUAACUAAUUUUACUAGUACGGGGGGGUAUGUACAAAAAAAUUUGUGAGAGGCAUCAGUUUGCUAUAAUAUUCCACAAGUUUUAAGUACUUAUAAUUGUUACUACCUAUAGGGCAUUCAGCUCAUGAGGCAAGAAACAGAAAUAUGAUAGCUGCCUUUAUCAUGUAUUUACCAUUUGUAUCAUACUGUUAUUUAUAUACAUAUAUAUUUUUCUAUAUGGUUUGUAUUAUUCAUUGCACUUUCAAGUUCCAGGAUUUUUAGCUAUGUGACAGUAUAGUCGAUUUUUGUAUGUAUAUACUUUUAUUGAACUCAGUAUCUUUCUCAUUACAUCAAGUCAUGUUUAUCAUUACGUUUAUAUGCCUAUAAACUAAGUAUUUGUAUUUUAAAUUACAAAUGUUGUAUUUGAAAAGUUUACCCAUAAUUUCUCUGGCUUCUUAAAGAAAACACUCUUUAUAAAAUGUCCUACCCUCUUGUAUUUUUUUAAGAUAAGAAAUGGAAGAUUAAAUAUGUGCCUGUUUUAAUGUUAGCUUUAAAGAGAGAGUGUUUGAGUUGGUUUCUAUUGCUCUGAAGUUUAGGUAUUCAAAACUAGGUUGAACUGAUUCCAUCAAAUAAGAAAAGAACUAAAUUUAAAGAAAACUCCUAUUUAAGCUGACUCAAAUAAUGUUCAUAAAACCAUUAUUCAUUGUUGUAUUAAAAUUAAAAAGAAAAUUUUUUUUUUUUUUCAUUUGUAGAUACAUUGGCUUGUAAAUAAAAUAUAAAUAUAUAUGCUUAGAGUUGUUAAACUAUCUUUAGUCCUCUGGUGGUUUCAGAUUGAAAUCAUCAUAUUUAUGUUUGAUUUUAUUGCCACUCAAGUUUUUAUUUUUAUUUUUUUUACUCAAACUUUAACAGCAUGGUUCUUGCCGCUCCUGUUUCCAAUGUAAUGUAAAUGGCCUAUAUGUCUUUUCUGAUCCUGUUCCAAUGUUGAAUCAGAUUAUUCAAUUUGAUUUCUAAUUUUGACUCUGAGGCCUUACCUUGAAGUGUUCAAUUUAUUUUUUUUUUAGUUUUGAAAUUCAAAUACAUCCAUUGUAUUCAUUAAUUCAGUUCUACUCAUUGCUGUUACAUUUUUUUUGUUCAGAUCUUUUUCAAAUUGAUUCUUUAAAUAAUUAUCUGUGUACCUUUAUUGACAUUGAUGUGAAAGCCUGUAUUUAGUUUUCUGUUUUCAAUGAAAUAGUUUUGUUAAAAAAUAUUUUUUUUUAGUUUUCUUUUGCCUUACAGUACUGGUACUAUGUAAAUAGGUUUGUUUGUUUUUUUGUUUUAUAACCAACAUUACAGUUCCCCACAUAAUAGAAUUGUUAUAUGUUGGAGCUGUUAUUAUUAAAGAUGCCAUAUUUGUUUUCGUAGGUUGUUUGGUCAGGAAUUAAGUUCGUUCAAAGUACUGGUCAUUGAAAGCUUAUUGGGACUGAUACUUAAAAUGAAUUAACUUUUUUUUUUUGUUGCCUGUUUUUCUGCAAACAGGGUUUUUUUUUUUUUGGUUCUAUAAUUUAAUGAAAUAGAACUGCAAUAAUUGAUAAGAACAAUAUCUACCGGUAUAUUAAUAAAUGCACUUUAACUUGAUUAGAAAGUUCAAACCAUUUAAAAGUUGAAACUUGUUUUGAAAUGUAAUUGGGAAAAAACAUUUUCGAAAUAGAUUUUCAAAUCAUUCAA